UCAUCUACAUCUGCGGCCCCCUGGAGAUGCUGCACCAGAUUAUGAGGCUGGCCCAGCGGGAGAGCCUGACCAACGGCGACUACGUCUUCUUCUAUGUGGACGUGUUUGGGGAGAGCCUGCGUGCCAGUGCCACCCGCGACGCCUUGAAACCGUGGCAGAACAAACAGAGUCAGGACGUGGGCCUGCGUCAGGCCUUCCAGACGGUGCUGGUGAUCACCUACCACGAACCCCAGAACCCCGAGUACCAGCACUUCCAGACCCAGCUGAUCCUGCGAGCCAAGGAGGAGUUCAAGGUGGAGCUCGGCUACUCGCUGAUGAACCUGGUGGCCGGCUGCUUCUACGACGGUGUGCUGCUCUACGCCAUGGCGCUGAACGAGACGCUGGCCGAGGGCGGCUCCAAGAAGGACGGCACCCGCAUCGUGCAGAAGAUGCGGGACCGGAAGUUCCAGGGGGUCACCGGACUGGUGAGCAUGGACGGCAACAACGACCGGGACACGGACUUCAGUCUGUGGGCGAUGGGCGACCCCGAGAGCGGGGAAUACGAGGUGGCAGGGCACUACGCCGGGGCGGAGAAGAAGCUGAACUGGCUGGGGAGGCCCAUUCGCUGGGUAAAGGGGGCGCCCCCCCUCGACAACCCUCCCUGCGUCUUCGAUGUGGAUGACCCCUCCUGUGAUAAAACCCCACUCUCCACGCUGGCCAUCGUGGCGCUGGGCACCGGCCUCACCCUCGUCAUGUUUGGAAUCUCCAGCUUCCUGAUUUUCAGGAAGCUGAUGCUGGAGAAAGAGCUGGCCAGUAUGCUGUGGCGGAUCCGCUGGGAUGAGCUGCAGUUUGGAAACGCCGAGCGCUACUACAAGGGGGCAGGCAGCCGUCUCACCCUGUCGCUGCGCGGCUCCAGCUACGGCUCCCUGAUGACAGCCCACGGCAAGUACCAGAUCUUCGCCAACACUGGCCACUUCAAGGGGAACGUGGUAUUCAAAAGGCAUCCGCGCCUGCCCCGUCCCCUUGCAUUGACUUCCCGCCCGUGCGGCGCUGACCCUGUCCCUGUCCCUGGCCCCCAGGGGAACGUGGUGGCUAUCAAGCAUGUGAAUAAGAAGCGGAUCGAGCUGACGAGGCAGGUGCUCUUCGAACUCAAACACAUGAGGGACAUCCAGUUCAACCACCUGACCAGGUUCAUCGGCGCCUGCAUCGACCCGCCCAACGUCUGCAUCGUGACGGAGUACUGCCCGCGGGGCAGCCUGCAGGACAUCCUGGAGAACGACAGCAUCAACCUGGACUGGAUGUUCCGCUACUCGCUCAUCAACGACAUUGUGAAGGGAAUGGCCUUUCUGCACAACAGCAUCAUUGGGCACCACGGCAGCCUCAAGUCCUCCAACUGCGUGGUGGACAGCCGCUUCGUGCUGAAGAUCACGGACUACGGGCUGGCCAGCUUCCGCUCCAGCUGCGAUGCUGAGGACAGCCACGCGCUGUAUGCCAAGAAGCUGUGGACGGCCCCCGAGCUGCUGCAGCAGGGGCGCCUGCCCCCCCCGGGCAUGCAGAAGGCGGAUGUCUACAGCUUCAGCAUCAUCCUGCAGGAGAUCGCCCUGCGCAACGGGCCCUUCUACAUCGAGGGCAUGGACCUGAGCCCCAAGGAGAUUGUGCAGAAGGUGCGGAACAGCCAGAAGCCGUACUUCCGGCCCUCCAUCGACCUGGGUCUGCACAGCGAGGAGCUGGCCGUGCUGAUGGAGCGCUGCUGGGCGCAGGAGCCCGCCGAGCGCCCCGACUUCACCCAGCUCAAGAUCUUCAUCCGCAGAUUCAACAAGGAAGGCAGCACCAGCAUCCUGGACAACCUGCUGUCGCGCAUGGAGCAGUACGCCAACAACCUGGAGAAGCUGGUGGAAGAGCGGACACAGGCCUACCUGGAGGAGAAGCGCAAGGCCGAGAACCUGCUCUACCAGAUUCUGCCCCACUCCGUGGCCGAGCAGCUGAAGCGCGGGGAGACGGUGCAGGCCGAGGCCUUCGACAGCGUCACCAUCUACUUCAGCGACAUUGUGGGGUUCACAGCCCUGUCGGCUGAGAGCACCCCCAUGCAGGUGGUGACCCUGCUGAACGAUCUCUACACCUGCUUCGACGCCAUCAUUGAUAACUUCGAUGUGUACAAGGUGGAGACGAUUGGAGACGCCUACAUGGUGGUGUCGGGGCUGCCGGUGCGGAACGGGAAACUGCACGCCAACGAGAUCGUCCGCAUGGCGCUGGCGCUGCUGGAGGCCGUGAAAACCUUCAAAAUCCGUCAUCGGCCCAACGACCAGCUCCGGCUGCGCAUCGGCAUCCACACCGGUCCUGUCUGUGCCGGGGUUGUAGGGCUGAAGAUGCCCCGGUACUGCCUGUUUGGGGACACGGUGAACACUGCCUCGCGCAUGGAGUCCAACGGGCAGGCACUGAAGAUCCACAUCUCGUCCACCACCAAGGAGGUCCUGGAUGAGUUCGGCUGCUUUGAGCUGGAGCUCCGAGGGGACGUGGAAAUGAAGGGGAAAGGGAAGAUGCGGACGUACUGGCUGCUGGGCGAGCGGACAGACGACAGCAUCAUCUGAGGCCGGCCCUGGGCUGACUCGGGCUCUGCACUGAGCGGGGCUCUGUCGCUGAGCUCCGCGCACAGGAGGCUGCGCUCCGUCUCCGAGCACCACUCCCUGGCCACAGCAGGGAGCGCCCGGCACGCAGGCCCUGACCAAAGCAGCCGAGCUCCACGGGGCCGAGCAGCGGGGCCCUGCUCUGCUGGCAGACGCGCAGGGCUGGCACUCAGCCGAGGCGCCCUGUGCACGGUGAGCCAUGCUGCCCACCCGGCCCUGCCCACCCCAGCUGAGUCUCGAGGGCCUGGUGGUGAUGGCGGGAGCCAACCAGGCCCUGACUGGUGCCAGCAGGGCCGGCACGACCCCACAGUGCUCCUCGGAGCAUGGCUGUACUCUGUGCCAGGGAGAGGCUGGUGGGGCCCUGGGCACCGCCUGAGAACGAGCCCUCGGAGUCCUGAGUCUCUGUAACCCGUGAUCCCCUCUCCAGGCUCGGCUGGCUCUGAGCCCCUAAGCCUCGCCACCCCCGGGCCCAGCCUGCUCUGAGCCCGUCCCCCCAGGGGCCUGGCUGCUCCCCAUGGCACUUGGCCUUCUCUCCAGUACUCAGCACCCUCCCCCAGGUGGGCGAGCUGGGGCUGCUGCCAGGGGUGGCCCUCAGCUGGGGGGGUGGCUUCCUCACCCACUGUCCUGUGGCCUGGUUCACACGAGCAUGAUGCAGCUGCUCGCGCCGUCCCUUGCCCUGUAACUACCCAGUGGGCUGGGCAAACACCCACACCCUGGCAGUGCCCACAGCCUCCCCCGGAUGUAAAUACAGGGAUCAAACCGUGCACACGACUGUGUUGAAAUACAGACUUUCUGAACCGGA